CGAGGGAUGAGGUUUGACAACAGGACGAUGUCACAACCGUAAAGCAGGCUGCACGUCUAUCACCCUCUUCUACCGGUCCGACCUGUGGCUACAGAGCUCAAUUUCAUUACAGAAAAACAUCACAAACACUUAGUCAGUGAAAGACAUUUGAAAGACUCGUCCACGCCUUCUCUGUCCGGACAACAACCGCGAAACACACGCUUUUCUGAGGGGGCGAGUGGCCUGAAAUGAUUGGGACUACACCGGUAUGUUAACGUAGUUUUCUCGGUCGUGUGGAACAAACAAAUAGUCGUUUUUCUGUGUGGACCCGCAGUCGUAGCUCCGUUUAUUCCGCUCACAGUGGGACAGUUGUGGUCCGUGAAGUCUUAAAUAAACCAGCCAUGGAGUUGAGUUCAGUGAUUUUAACCACCGGGAGCUCCGUCGGGUUUUUCAGACUUGUUAACGAAGGGGUCAAAAAGCUGCCCAUGCCUGAAUCUGCCCACAGGAAUGCGUGGAAGUGGAGAAACAUCUCCACAUCCUUCGUACACAGUUUCAUCACUGCGAUAUGGGCAGUGCUGUGCUUCUUCCUCCACCCACAGAUGGCUGAAGAUUUGAUAGAAACUUACUCUGUGUUUUCUCACGCUCUGGUGUCGUUUUCGAUCGGUUACUUCAUCUAUGACUUCCUUGACAUGAUGGUGAACCAGAAGCUGAGCCAGUCCUGGGAGCUUCUUUUUCAUCACAUUGUGGUUAUCACCUGUUUCGGCCUCUCUGUGCUGUCCUACCGCUACGUGGGCUUUGCUGUGGUGGCCCUGCUGGUGGAGAUUAACUCUGUGUUCCUGCACCUCCGGCAGAUGCUGCGUAUGGCCGGCAACACCAAAGGCACGCAGUACCGGGUCAACAGCAUCAUCAACCUCGGCACAUACGUGGUGUUCCGCAUCAACACGCUGGCCUGGAUGACCCGCUGGCUGGUGCUCAACAGGGACAAGGUGCCCCUUCUGGCCUACACGCUGGGCAGCGUGGGCAUGGCCAUCAUGACGGCCAUGAAUAUCGUGCUGUUUUAUCGGCUACUCAGGAGCGACUUUUUGAAGAGCAGCACCCGGGAGACCAAGAAAGAGAAGGAGAUGUAGAGAGGAGGCGGCACAAGAAGGAUUAUAACUCAUGAACACACUUGUUACUGUAUGUCAACGCCCUGUGGCUGAGAUUCGGUACUUGUAAUACACUCAAAGCUUUAUCUCUCAUACUUUGCAGGUACAUACAAGGUGAAAUCUGAUGGCCUUACUUCAGACACUGAGCACACACAGCCUUUGAGUUAAAAGCUACAUUUAUUCGUAGUUUGAACUUAAGCUUGUGGUCAGGUCAGUAGCAUUAGUGGCUAAUGGUAGAUGGAGGAUUCUUCAUAUGAACAAUGUAAGGUUUUGUAAAACAACACCAAACGCCUUAUUUCCCACAGGGUGUUUCAACUAAAUCUGUUCUAAAAUCCAGUUUACCAUAAGCGAAGACGCACUAUUUGUAUGAAGAAACCGCCAAAACUUCCACAGAAACACAGGAAUCAAGUACGAAUAUCUCAAGUAUAUUCUUUUAUUUAAUUAUAUUAUAUACAUAUACUCUUGUGGGCUAUUUAAAAUCUCACAUGAUGUUUAUUUACCACAGAGCUAAAAGAAAUCAAACCCAUCCAAACCUUCUUAGCACUGCAGAUGGGAAUACAUCUCUUUUUUUCCAACAAAUCUCCUCAACUAAAAACCAGCCGCUACCUCAGAAAGCUUCUAACAGUUCUUUGCCUCUCUCCAACACAAGCUUCGGUGUCAGUGUUUGGAAGGUUCAUUAUUAUUAUAGCAGAGAAAUGUGUUUAAAAAUGAUAUUUGUCUGUAAUAAUAUACAGCAAAUACCAAUCCUCACUUAAAUGAAUACUUCACUCAUUAAAUGACCAUGUGUAUAUCAGUUACUCACCCCGCGUUUGGUUGAAUUUCUGAAGAAAAGUGUUUUUCUUUCAUGCCUCUGUGGUGAAGGAAGAAUCUUAAAACAGUGAAAAUUCUUGAUUGAAUUAAUUUGGAGAAAUGGCAUUUGUGUUCAACAACAUCAAAACUAUAUCAAAACAUCUUUUUACAAAAUCUCACACAACCUGUGCAGUAUAAUCCAAGACUCAUUUAUCAAGUCUUUUGCUCAGUACUUCCUAAACACAUGCAUUUUUGCUAAAAUCUGAAUAUUUCAAAUAUUUCUGCAUAAAUAGUCUAAUGCCCAGAUGAGUAGCACGUCUGGGGAAGUGCAUGUUUUUAACCUCUGCUCAAUGAAAUGCAUAAGCAAAGUUCAAAUGCAUUCACUUGUCCAGGUUUGGUGCUCAUGUGGACAUUAGACUGUUUAUGCAGAAGUGUUUGAAAUAUUCCCAUUUUAGCAAAAAUGCAUGUUUUGGUAGUACGGUGCAAAAGAGCGGAUGGAUGAACGUUAUUCAUGAAUGCAAUGAAACACAGGGUGAGUAAGUGACAUACAAACUCUUUGUGAGGUAAAGUAAGUGGUGAAGUAUUCCUUUAAGGAGAGAUUCGGGUGGUGGGUGAAUACUUUUGCAUGUGAAUAUUGUAGAUCGGAUGACACAAAACAGAACAGCGUGAUAUUUUGUUGCUUAAAAAAAUUGAUAUUUUUUUGCUUUGCCAAAUUGUAUUAAAACAUUAAGGAAACAUAAUUUAGAAAUCAUGAACAAAUCAGUGAUGAACCAGUCAUUAGUAAGAUUUACGUUCUCCAUGUACUCUAACCCUUAAACCAGCCUUUGCCCCUCUGAUCUGAUUGGCAACAGUGCUGGUUGUUGUGUUUGUAAAUCUUGGAGGAGCAAAACAAAAUCGAGUAAAUUUUGACUUGAUUGGCUGACAUCCAGCAGCAGUCAGUGACAAAGUUACAUUUAUGUUUUUAUGGUUUGUAAAUAUUCUUUUAGUGGUCUGUGAUGGUCUGUAGUCUGCAGAAGGAGCUGUCAGAUAGGCAAAUGAUGUUAUUCUUCAUUUGGCCUUCGGAGGACAGCACACACCUCAACUUCACCUCAGUGAUCUCAUCAGCCAGAGGUGUCUUAUUUUGUAGCAUUUUUGUAGAUCUGUGCCUCCUGCCUUUUCAUUUGAAAUAAGCCAAUAAGCACAGAGAGAUGCGGAGAAAUACUUGAGGUCAGUGUUGGAACAAACAGGUCUGAGAUCUCUGAAUACAGCAAACUGUGAUACACACAGCUGCCUACAACUCACAUCAGAGCAUUACUGUUCAUAUGUUGCGUUCACAUGGAGAGGGUCGAUGGCAAACUGCAUAUCACAGUCCAGCAGGUCCAUGACUUCCCCAAUAUCGGUCUACCAUCACUUAGGAUUAAGGUGAGGUUUCCAUCUCGUUACUUAUAAGGUGAAUUACCGCUUCAUAAUUUAUAAAGUAAAUGGAUAGAGUGAAUUACUUGUCAUAUUUGGCCACAUAUUUAGUCAGUACAAGUGGCCUUGUAGCAGAAUUUUAAAAAACUUGCGUGUGGUGGGUUUGUCUCCUAGUAGUGCUGGGCGCAGUUUGUGGGGGGGGGGGGGGCAAAUAUGGCUGCACCAAUACAUGUCUUAAAACACGGGGGAUGUGGAAUAUUAGUGGACAUUAAUGGAAAACUGACAAAAUAAUAAACACAGAUUUUUUUUUUUUUACUAUAUUUUACUGCAUUCUUUGUAAACAAUGCAUAGCCAUUGCAAUAUAUCAUCAUACAUGCUCGUUGUAGCCAUCCAGAAGGAGUCGUUUGUCUUCUGUCU